AUGUGUUCCUUAUUCAAGCAUGUCCUGUCGCAGUCAUCCUUGGUUGACCAGCCAAAAAGGCGCAAAACCCCUCUCCUCAUGGCACUCGGAGGCACGUCGUGCAUCUUCAAGCGCGAAAUUAAGCCAUUACAAAAGUUUGAGAUAUGGUCGCGAGUUCUUUCCUGGGACGACAAGUGGGUAUAUGUAGUGAGCUACUUUGUUUCCGUCAAUAAAUCAAUGGGGAAACAGACUCCUUCUGCUAAGAAUGAAAAUCCGGGAGACUCGCCUCCGAAUAGCCGUGUUCUGGCCUCAUGUAUUGCAAGAUACGUGUUCAAGGAUCGCCGACUAACGGUGCGACCGGAAAGCAUACUACAGGAAUGCGGACUGUUGCCGGACUCGGACUUGAAAGAAACAAAGGAAGAUCACAGUGGUACUCAGUGGUCAGGCGCAAAAUUUGAUAAAGAGCGGUUGAAGGGGUUACAAAUCGCAUCUAAGUUUACAGAGCUAGAGGCUCUCCCUACUAUGUUUGAUUCAAGUGAUGAGGCAGUGAUGGGUAGUUACAUAGACUUGUAA